AUGACUGUGAUGACGGAGGUGCGCUCCAGGCGCCCCCUAUCGGAACAAUAUUGCAUACCGUCCACCUUUAUCCGGUCAAUAUGGCGGCGUACACUAUCCUUCAAGAAGAGGAAGUCCGAGGACCGGUUUGCUGGCUACAAGGGAGUCAGGGACAUCACUAUCAAGAAGGGUCCAUCAGGUCUGGGCAUCAUGAUAAUCGAGGGUCGUCACACGGAGGCCGGGCGCGGUAUCUUCGUGUCAGACCUGCAGGAAGGCAGCGCUGCAGAACAGGGAGGUCUACAGAUCGGAGACAUGCUGCUGGCUGUGAAUAGGGACUCCUUGUUGAACUGCAGUUAUGAUGCUGCGGCUGCCAAGUUGAAGCAGACGGAGGGAGUAGUGGUCCUCACAGUGUGCACUCCGAACCUCAAGGAGCCAGGCGAGGAGUCCCCAGCUACUGCAACCACCCCAGGAACACCUAGUGGUGCUGAUGGUCCAGGUGGAGCGUCUCGACCAGCGAGUCGUGCAGCACAGAACGACGCCGCCAGUCGACCACACACACCGCGACCCAUACCUUCACCUGUUAAAGUGGAACCACCACCAGACCCGUCCACAGCACCGAUCAUCCCUAACGUGGACACGGUGAUAGAGAUCAACUCCGCUAACGAAGUGCUCGGGGUGUUACUACUCGGAGGCAGCGAUACCCUAAUCAAUGGUGCAUCUGCGAUCAUCUUAGACAUAUACAAGAACGGUGCGAUAGCCAAGGACGGGAGGCUGAAGGUUGGAGACCAGAUCCUGGAGUGUAAUGGAGUAGCCAUCACCAAGGAAAUGGCACACGAACGACUCUGCCUUUCUAUCAAGCAGAAAACUGCUAAGCUAAAAAUGACAGUCCACCGACCAGAACCGCUGAAGUACGAGGAGGUGGAAAUAGACCUCACCCGCAAGGCAGGGAAGGCGCUCGGACUCACCUGUGUAGCACCUGUACAGGCACCCGGCGUCUAUCUGGGACAACUUUUACCCGGUACCCCAGCAGAGUUAGACGGUCGAAUCCAACGCGGAGACUUCAUCAUAACAGUGGACGGUAAGGAUGUAUCCUCUGCUGAUCUUCUAGGAGUCGCAGCCGUUCUCAAGCUCUGCGGGAACAAAGCUACCAUCAAGGUCAAGCGGUUCAAGACAGUUAGGUAA